AUGGCUGUGGACGGCUUACACAUAGUGAUAGGGAAUGUCUGGCUUGGACAAAGAACAAAGAGCUCUUACGCACAGAGGUCGGAUGCUUCUGUGGAAGUGCAGAGGGACAAGGCGAGCCCCAUUGAUAUUCAUGCUGAGGACAUUGGGCAGCACGACGGUGAAAGGGAGGCGGUUGACAGAGAGGCAGAGAGCUUGGGUCCUACGGUGGUGCAACGGACACAUUUGGCAGCCACGGGAAUUACGGAGGUAACGGCCCAAAAUAAUGAAGUUUUUAAUGAGAUUAAUCAUAGUGUAGAUUUUCAGGCGCAGUUAGAGGAGAUAGAUAGUGAGCUGGCAAGAUACGAUAACAAGGGAGAUCCGUUGCAUGGGCAUUUAGCUGGACGUGAGGAUGUGGAUUUGCAUGGGCCUGAAUUAAUGGGCCUUCAAAGCUCAGGGGGAAUAAAUGGGCCAAUAUUUAUUGAGAAGGAGGCUGGCCUCACAGGUCCAGCAAAAGGAAAGGCUACUUAUAAACCUCGUGGGCUGCCUAGAGUUGAUAAGGGGCUGCUCCAACGUGAAUCUAUUUUGGCCAAGAGGUCUGUACGUGAUUUUUACGAGGAUGAGGAAGCUGGUGUGCAUGGGAAGAAAAAGAAAACAGAGGCGACAGAUGCAGAAACGGUGGAGGCUGAUUGGAAUUUGUGGGUUUAUUUUGUCUUACCAAGUGAUGACCAAGGAGGAGGAGGACUAGCCUUAUUAUGGAAGAAUGAUGUGACUAUAUGGGUGGACAGCUUCUCGAAGUACCAUAUUGAUGCCAUUGUGAACGGUGGGUCGGAAAACGCGUGGAGGUUGACAGGCUUCUACGGGGAGCCUGAAACAAGUCGACGGCAUGAAGGUUGGGCUAUGCUUCGUAUGCUCAGCUCAAAGCCAAAACUCCAUUGGUGUUGUAUUGGAGACUUCAAUGAGCUUCUUGAGGUGAGUGAUAAAAAUGGUGGAGUGCCACGAUCCCAUACGCAAAUGCAGUCAUUCCGGGAUGCUUUGGACAGUUGUGGCUUCGUGGACUUGGGUUUUUCAGGGCCGGAGUUCACUUGGCAUGGGCGUAGGAGAGGAGAACGGAUCUGGGAGAGGUUGGAUCGUGGAGUUGCGAACUACGAAUGGAUGGCCAGGUUUCCCACCGGUAGAGUGCAGCAUCUAAAUUGUUACACGUCUGAUCACAGACCGCUUUUGCUCUCUCUAGACUCAAAUGGAAAACGACAGAGGUGGCGGAGAAAACCUUUUCGCUUUGAAUCGAUGUGGGUGUCAAAUCCGGGUUGUAAAGUCACUGUUGCAGAGGCUUGGGCUGGUCCACGGAGAGGAACACCUAUGUUAAAUGCUACUACAAAAAUAAAAGAAUGCAAAAAGCGACUGAAGAGAUGGAGCAAAGAAACUUUUGGGAAUGUAAAGGAACAAAUAAAGGUGGUAAAGGAGAAGCUAUGGGUGGCAGAGAUUGAAUCUGUACAACGUGGUGACCAAGGGACAGUUGACAAUCUCAAGGCAGAAUUGCAUGGUUUGCUGGAGAAAGAAGAAAAAAUGUGGCAUCAACGUUCAAGGGUACAAUGGCUUCAAUGUGGUGACCAGAACACAAGGUUUUUUCAUGGUGCAGCCACAUGUAGGAAGAGACAAAAUUUUAUCAAAGGGCUCAGAGAUGAAAAUGGAGUUUGGCAAAGUGAGGAGCAAAGUUUUUCGGGUUUGCUUACAGAUUUUUAUGAAAAGCUUUUCAAGUCAUCAAAUCCUCAGAAUAUUGACCGAGUAGUGGAUGGGGUACAAAAGGUGGUGACUAAUUCCAUGAAUGCAGAUUUGGCAAAACCAUAUUCCGCAGAUGAGGUGGAAAGGGCGAUAAAGGAUAUGGCACCUUUAAAAGCUCCAGGGCCAGAUGGGAUGCCACCAUUGUUCUAUCAAACCUACUGGUCAGAUGUCAGUAUGGAUAUUACUCAGGCUGUAUUAUCUUGUUUAAAUUCUGGUUCUAUUUUGAAAUCUAUAAACCACACUUUUAUAACUUUAAUUCCCAAAGUUAAAAAUCCGGAAAAAGUGACUGAAUUUAGACCGAUUAGUUUGUGUAAUGUGCUGUAUAAGAUUGUAAGCAAGGCGAUUGCAAAUCGCCUGAAGCCUUUGCUUAACUCUAUUAUUUCUGAUACACAGAGUGCCUUUAUAGCUGAUCGGCUUAUCACUGAUAAUGUUCUCAUUGCCUUUGAGUCUCUGCAUCAUAUGAAAAAUAACUGUACAGGGAAGACAGGUUUUAUGGCCCUCAAGUUAGAUAUGAGCAAAGCAUACGAUAGGGUGGAGUGGUCAUUCCUUGAGAAAGUAUUAUUGAAGUUGGGUUUUCAGGAGUCUUGGGUGAGUUUGAUUAUGGAGUGCAUCACCACGGUAACUUAUUCGAUUUUGGUGAAUGGGGAACCAAAAGGCUUGAUAACCCCGGCAAGGGGUUUAAGGCAAGGGGACCCUCUCUCACCAUAUCUCUUUCUGUUCUGUGCGGAAGGCCUCAAUGCUAUUUUUCAGAAGGCAGCGGUGGAUGGUGAAAUACAAGGUUUUUCUAUCUGCAGAAAUGGGCCAAAAUUAACCCAUUUAUUUUUUGCAGAUGAUUGUCUAUUGUUUUGUAGAUCAUCCUUGGAGGAGUGUGAGAAAAUUAAGGAGUUAUUGACAUGCUAUGAGGAAGCCUCGGGUCAAAUGGUGAACGCAGAUAAAACCACUUUGUUCUUUAGCAAAAAUACCGAUGUGCAUGUACAAGAAGCAAUAAAAAAUUCACUUGGUGUUCCUGCAAUCCACCACUACGAGAAAUAUUUGGGCUUGCCAUCUUUUAUCGGAAGGAAUAAGAAGGCUUGCUUUACACAAAUCAAGGAACGGAUUUGGGCCAAGAUGCAAGGUUGGAAGGAGAAGUUGCUCUCACAAGCCGGGAAGGAGAUCAUGAUAAAGGCCGUUGUCCAAUCUAUACCCACUUAUUCUAUGAGUGUUUUCAAGUUACCAGUGGGAUUAUGCAAGGAUAUUGAAGCUAUGAUACGUAAGUUUUGGUGGGGCCAAGGUGAAAAUAGAAAGCUACACUGGAUUAAUUGGAGUACUUUGUGUGACUCUAAGUCUGUGGGAGGUUUGGGUUUCCGGGAUAUUCAAAGAUUUAAUAAUGCAAUGUUGGCUAAGCAAGUUUGGCGUCUCUUCCAUCAAAGAGACACUCUGUUGUUCCAAGUUUUUAGUGCUAAAUAUUUCCCUAAUGGUAACAUAUUUGAUGUUCCUAUCCACCCCAAAUGUUCCUACGCUUGGAAGAGUAUUUUGCAAGCACGAGAAGUUAUCCAACAUGGGGCGGUAUGGCGAGUGGGGAAUGGUCAUUUGAUCGAUAUUUGGAACCACAGGUGGCUGUUUGAACAUACCCCUGGGCUGGUUAUGUCUCCUAGGCCGGAUGUCAACCUUAAUAAGGUUAGUGACUUGCUACUGCAUAAUCCAAAACAGUGGAAUACGGACCUCAUAGAUAAAGUGUUUUAUCCUUGGGAAGCUAAUGAGAUCAAAAGGAUUUAUCUUAGUGAAGACACUGUUGAAGACAAACUCAUCUGGCCCCUAACUCCAAGUGGUGUUUAUUCAGUUAAAAGUGCGUAUCACAUGCUAUCAAGUGCCGUUUUGCAACCCAGAGCUAGUUCUUCAUCUUCAGAGGGCGCAAAAGAGGUGUGGACAGGUAUUUGGCAAAUUCGUGCACCAAAUCGUGUUCGUUAUUUCUUGUGGAGAGCUGUAAAGGAUUCGCUUCCAACGAAGAUGAAUCUGUGCCGACGACAUGUACUGGGAGAUGCUCUCUGCCCUCUCUGUGAAGAAGCUCAGGAAUCUACUCUCCAUAGUCUGUGGUACUGUGAGCAAGCCCAAGUAGUAUGGAGAUCAGUAAGAUGUUUUGCGGCACUAUACGAGAAACAUCACGGAUCAUUCAUGGACCUGUUUGAGAGCGUGCUGAAGCUAAAUUCAAGUUUCAACGUUGCAUGGUUUGCAACUAUUGCGUGGAGCCUCUGGAAACGACGAAACAAUUUGAGGGAAUGCCAGCCUACGUGGCCACUGCUGGAUGUUAGUCGACGGGCGUGCAAUCUGGUGGAGGAGUUUUUUGAAGUGCAAAACAGAACAAGGAAACCGGACAUCAUUCCUCCCCCAGUCAAGUGGAAACCACCUCCGGAGCCUGUUUACAAGGCAAAUUUUGAUGCGGCCCUGUUUGAGCAGUUGGGUCUAGCUGGGUUGGGUGUGGUGCUUCGGGAUUCAGGUGGCCAUAUUAUCGCAGCCUUAAGUGAGAAGAUUAAACUUCCCCAAACGGUGGAGCUGGCGGAAGCCUUAGCAGCCAGGCGGGCGGUCCUCUUUGCAACUGAACUGAGCAUUUUCAAGGUCAUGGUUGAGGGAGAUUGUUUGCGUGUUAUUCAGGCCUUGAAGGAACAGGGCAGCUGCCUUACUAUGUUUGGUCAUGUGGUAGAGGAGACUCGCCGAUUGGGUUCGUGUUUAGAGCUAUGUAGUUUUCAUCAUGUAAAAAGGGAAGGUAAUAAGUUAGCCCAUUCCCUUGUCCAUAGAGCAGUUUUAUCUGCAGAUGUGGAUGUUUGGGUGGAAGAACUACCCGAGGACCUGGAUGCUGUACUCCAGGGUGAUUGUGCGGUGUAA